AUGAAACACGUGCGCACAGUUGCUAGUUUCUAAUGGUUGAUGAGUUGAUCCGGACGCGGGCGAAUCCAAUGCACUCGUCGAUCGAGCACAAGGGCUUCCAGGGCGGGGCAGCCCGCGAGCACGCCGUGAAGGGUGCCUUCCGAGAUGCUGACGCCGCAUAAAGACAGCAGCUCAAGGUGCGGGAAACGUAGCGUCCCGACGGCGGAGGGGAAGAUUCAAGAACCGAUCCUGAGAGUGCGCAACGUGCGAGCGAAGGCGGCAGCGGCAGCGACGAUGUAGUCCUCCAGUCCAAGCAGGGUUGCCCUGGCUGGAUCUCUAGCACUUGGAGACCAUCGAGGGCGCGGAGUGGCCGGCAAAAUAGACGCUCCCGAGGCUGAGGCGGCGAGCGGGGCCAGGGUGUGGGCCACGAGGACGUGGGAAAGGAGGCAAAAGAUGUGGAUGCGGGUGUCUCUGCCGCUGAGGAAUCGGUCGUCGUCGAGGUUGAGCGGGGCGCGCGUAGCGCCACCGGGGAGAGGGGUCGUGAUGCGGAUGGGGAGGCGGGUGACUAUCUCGCCGAGGACGCUGAUCAGGUCCUCGCCGACCGUCGCCGUCGCGGCCCGUGACUGGUCUUCGCCUCCAUCUGCAUGCGAUAUAGCAAGUGCUGUGCCGCUACGAGAAGGAAAUUAUUUGGGCCUCGUCGGGCCGCGAGAGCCAGCGGAGGAAUCGAUGGAGGCGGCGGGCACCUGCGAGAUCGCGCGCCUGCCGGAGGAGCUCCUCUCGGUGGCGCUCUCCCUCACCACGCCGCCGGACGCCUGCCGCGCCGCUGCGGUGUCCCGGGCCUUCCGCGCCGCAGCCGACUCGGACGCCGUCUGGUCGCGCUUCCUGCCCCGCGACCUCCCGCCGCUUGCCGCCGGGGAGUUCUCCCCCGCGGCGUCAAAGAAGGAGAUGUUCCUGUGCCUCUCCGACGGCCCCACCCUCCUCGCCGACGGCCUCAGGAUCAUUUGGUUGGACAGGAGGACCGCCGGCAAGUGCCACAUGCUGUCGGCGAGGGCGCUGAAGAGUUGCCUGGGGCAAUACGCCAGUGCACUGUCUCUGGAUCCCUCUUACUGACUCCGUAUAUAUCUCCCCUGGCACCUGUGCUGAGGAUGACUCGGCCGCGUGCCGGACGUGCUACUGCAACGAACAGAAGAAUCCGCGACCAGAUCGAUGUUAUUUGUUUCUAUCUCUAGCGUAACAACCAUGCAUGUAAUCAUCUUUGGUUUUCCUUUUCGGCUGUUAGUCUCGCUUACUUCUCCAUGUAAGCCAUGUUCGGCUAAUCAAUCGAUCAUCGAGUGAUUUUGCUCGUCUUAUUA